AUGAGUUCCGUGCUUCCAGUCGCUUUGCAGAACAAGCUGCUGGGCUAUGGCCGGGCGUCCAGUGCCCAUCUGUCCGCCUUGAACCUGGACCUCCUACGAAAUAUUGUCUUCAUUCUGUUCCUCUUUCGAUAUACGCGCAAAACCUUCUACUCGCUUCGCGGCUACGGUCUCUUCGGAAGUAUCCGCAAUGUCUACGUUGCCGUCCGUCUGUUCUGCUACUCUAUCUUCCUCCGCACCCCAGGCGUCCGCGGCCAGGUCGACAAGCAGUGGACCGGACGUAAAUCGCUAUCUGACUCUCCCUCGGAAGGUUGGUCGGCAGAUAAGAUCCGGGAGGAACUCAACAAGUUGGCCGGUCUGGAACACACCCGCUGGGAGGAUGGCCGUGUCAGCGGUGCGGUGUAUCAUGGUGGUGAAGAUCUUCUCAAGCUUCAAGCCGAGGCUUUUGGCCAGUUCGGCGUCGCAAACCCGAUCCAUCCGGAUGUCUUCCCGGGAGUCCGAAAGAUGGAAGCCGAAGUCGUUGCGAUGGUGCUCAACUUAUUCAAUGGCCCUGCCGAUGGCGCCGGUGUCACUACCAGUGGCGGUACCGAGUCUAUUAUUAUGGCCUGUCUGGGAGCCCGGCAAAAGGCCUUUUAUGAGCGAGGUGUGACCGAGCCCGAAAUGAUUAUUCCUGAUACAGCCCACGCGGCUUUCAUCAAGGCCUGCGAUUAUUUCAAGAUCAAACUGCACCGUGUGCCCUGCCCUGAGCCCGAGUUCAAGGUCGAUGUCAACGCAGUCCGUCGCCUGAUCAACCCCAACACCGUUCUUCUUGUUGGAUCGGCUCCCAACUUCCCCCACGGCAUUGUCGAUGAUAUUCCUGCCCUGUCUCGCCUUGCUACGAAGUACAAAAUCCCCCUUCAUGUUGAUUGUUGCCUGGGAUCUUUCGUUGUCGCACUUCUCAAGAAGGCCGGCUUCCCCUCUCCUUACGAGGAAGAAGGUGGUUUCGACUUCCGUCAACCCGGUGUGACUAGCAUCAGUGUUGACACCCAUAAAUAUGGAUUCGCCCCCAAGGGUAACUCGGUUCUGCUCUAUCGCAGCAAGGCCUACCGCAGCUACCAGUACUUCAUCUACCCGGACUGGUCCGGUGGUGUCUACGCCUCUCCGUCCGUAGCUGGAUCUCGUCCUGGUGCCUUGAUCGCUGGCUGCUGGGCUAGUCUGAUGAAUGUUGGCGAGACCGGAUAUAUCAACAGCUGCACUGAGAUCAUCAAUGCCGCUCGCAAGUUUGAAUCUGCUGUUCGUCAGCACCCCGUGAUUUCGCUUCAUAUGGAGGUCGUAGGAAACCCCAUGGUCAGUGUCGUCGCCUUCCGAAGCAAGAACGGAGCGAUCGACAUCUACGAUAUCGCCGAUGACCUUUCUUCCAAGGGCUGGCACCUCAAUGCACUCCAGUCCCCCGCGGCUUUGCACUGUGCCUUCACUCUCCCUACUGCUAAGGCCGUUGAUGCCCUCACUACUGACUUGGUAACCGUCAUUGAUAAGGAGCUGGAGAAGGCCGAAGAGCGCCGUCGUCAAGGCAAGAGCUAUAUCCUGAAGCGUGGCGAUACCUCUGCUCUCUACGGUGUUGCUGGCAGUAUCCCUGACAAGAGCAUUGUCAGCCGUCUCGCCGAGGGUUUCCUCGACACUCUCUAUAAAGCCUAA